AGAAGAGGGAGAUACCGGCGGCGGAGUUUGUGGCCACAGAGACAGCGAGAGUCGGUGAGAGAGCAGAGCGGGAAUGUCCAUGCGAUUCUCUGCGCUCCCAUGGCGGUCGUUUCCACGGACCGUUGCGAGCGAGAAGAAGAUCCCAUUGUCCGGCAAAGCGGGGACUUAUGGCUUAUCCGCCCUGUCUCCAUCGCUCUCUGCCCUCUCCGUCCCCCCCAAGCCUCUCCUCCGCUGUCGCGCCAGCUUCUCUACCCUGCACGAUGCAGCUCCGCCCGGCGAAAUCUCUCUCCCAGGGGUGGAAGAUGAAAUGGUGGGAUACAUUUUUGGGAAGAAGAAAGCAACUGAUGUAGCUCACUCUGUGUGGAAACAUGUUGUGCGGAGAGGGGACACUGUUGUUGAUGCCACAUGUGGCAACGGUUAUGAUACCUUAGCUAUGCUUAGAUUAGUUGCGGACUUAUCGGGUAAGGGCCGUGUCUUUGGAAUGGACAUCCAAGAGGAAGCAUUAACGAAUACCGAUUCGUUGCUGACACAGUCUUUGACCCCAAGUGAGAAGGAGCUUGUGAAGCUUUUCCCGACAUGUCACAGCAAGAUGGAAGAAGUUAUCCCGAAAGAUGUCUUAGUCAGACUUGUUGCUUUCAAUUUGGGCUAUCUUCCAGGAGGUGAUAAAGAGAUUUCUACAGUGUCCGAGACAACAUUGUUAGCAUUGGAAGCUGCUGGAAGGAUCAUAGAACCGGGAGGGCUCAUAAGUGCCGUGGUAUACGUUGGACAUCCAAAGGGAAGGGAAGAGUUUGAGGCUGUCCAAGCCUUUGCGUCUGGGCUCUCCACUGAGGAUUGGGUUUGCUGUAAGUUGCAGAUGUUGAACCGGCCAUUGGCUCCAGUCCCGAUUUUCAUGUUCAAGAGAUAGAAACCAUCGAAUUUUCGGAUCGGUACAUUAUCUUCGUCAAUUUUUUAUGUGCAUCCGCAGAUGAGAUUGAUGUCUUAGGUUACUUCUUUUGACAUGUUUUCUUCUGUAACCUUCAACAUUCCUUUCUUGUAGUUCAUCCCUUUGCUGGGUUUUUCUUCA